AUGAUAUAGAAUAUUUAUAUUUGUUGAACAAGUGUCAUAACUUUUUUGAGUUUUUCCAUUUGUACGCCAGGUGGCUCCCUUCGUUCCUAUCCAAAACCAUUUUCUUGUAAAGGUUGUCAACAAUAGAGAUUCAUUAGUUUCUCUGCCUCAAAGAUUUUGGGUGUGUUGUUCCAAUGGGAGAGGAAUAUGGUCAGCACAAAGAAAGCACAUCAAUCAAUGAUAACAUGGAGGAAGAGGCUGUGGAAAGAGAUCCAGAAAGCAAUCAACUACAUGACCCACUCCUCAAGAGGAGUAGAACCCUCUCUUCCAAUCCCCUUGCUCUUGUUGGAGCAAAAGUUUCCUACAUAGAAAGCUUGGAUUAUGAGAUCAAUGAGAAUGAUUUAUUCAAGCAAGAUUGGAGGAGCAGAUCAAGAGCUCAAGUGUUUCAAUACAUAUUCUUGAAAUGGUCUCUUGCUUUCCUUGUUGGACUUCUCACUGGUGUCAUAGCCACCCUCAUCAAUCUUGCUGUUGAGAACAUUGCAGGCUACAAGCUUCUUGCUGUUGUUAGUCUUAUCCAAAAAGAAAGGUACUUGACGGGUUUCCUAUAUUUCACGGUCUCCAAUUUCCUUUUGACAUUUGUUGCUGCUCUUCUCUGUGUGUGUUUUGCACCCACAGCUGCUGGACCUGGUAUCCCUGAAAUCAAAGCUUAUCUUAAUGGUGUUGAUACUCCCAACAUGUACGGUGCUACAACAUUGUUUGUUAAGAUAAUUGGAAGCAUUGGAGCUGUAGCUGCAGGGCUAGAUUUAGGAAAAGAAGGGCCUUUGGUACAUAUUGGAAGCUGCAUUGCUUCCCUACUAGGCCAAGGAGGCCCUGACAAUCACAGGAUCAAGUGGAUGUGGCUGCGGUAUUUCAACAAUGAUCGCGAUCGUCGUGAUCUUAUCACCUGUGGUGCUUCUUCAGGGGUUUGUGCAGCUUUCAGGGCCCCUGUGGGUGGAGUACUCUUUGCUCUUGAAGAGGUGGCAACAUGGUGGAGAAGUGCUCUCCUUUGGAGAACUUUCUUCAGCACAGCUGUGGUUGUGGUAGUGCUAAGGGCCAGUAUUGAACUUUGCCACCUAGGAAAAUGUGGUCUUUUUGGAGAAGGGGGGUUGAUCAUGUUUGAUGUGAGCAAUGUCAUUGUGAGGUACCAUGUGAUGGAUAUCAUCCCUGUUGUUACCAUUGGAGUUCUUGGUGGGUUAUUGGGAAGCCUUUACAAUUACCUUCUCCAUAAGGUCCUACGCGUCUACAAUCUCAUCAAUCAGAAAGGGAAAAUAUAUAAGCUCCUCCUUGCUCUUUCAGUUUCACUCUUCACAUCAGUGUGCCAAUAUGGUCUCCCAUUCCUAGCAAAAUGCACCCCUUGUGAUCCAUCAUUUCCAGAGUCUGUUUGCCCCACCAAUGGGAGAUCUGGAAAUUUCAAACAAUUCAACUGCCCAAAUGGCCACUACAAUGAUCUUGCCACUCUUCUUCUUACCACCAAUGAUGAUGCUGUUAGAAACAUAUUCUCAACCAACACUCUUCAUGAAUACCAACCCUCCUCCAUCAUAAUUUUCUUUGCACUCUAUUGCAUAUUAGGACUAAUAACCUUUGGAAUUGCUGUGCCAUCAGGCCUAUUCCUCCCAAUCAUUCUCAUGGGUUCAGGUUAUGGCCGGCUUCUAGGCAUUAUCAUGGGACCUAACACAAACAUUGACCAAGGAUUGUUUGCAGUUCUUGGUGCAGCCUCACUCAUGGCUGGAUCUAUGAGAAUGACUGUGUCCCUUUGUGUGAUCUUCCUUGAACUAACCAACAACCUUCUACUACUACCAAUAACCAUGAUUGUUCUCCUCAUAGCUAAAACUGUUGGAGACAGUUUCAACAAAAGCAUCUAUGAGAUCAUACUUCACCUAAAAGGCCUUCCUUUCAUGGAUGCAAACCCUGAGCCAUGGAUGAGAAACCUCACUGUUGGAGAGCUUGUUGAUGUGAAGCCAGCAGUGGUUAGCUUCAGAGGAGUAGAAAAGGUGGCUAACAUAGUCAAUGCCUUGAGAAACACUACACAUAAUGGUUUUCCUGUGUUGGAUUGUGGUGUAGUGCCACCAACAGGACGAGCCACUGAGGUGACAGAAUUGCAUGGAAUCAUUCUAAGAGCACACCUCAUUAAAGUGCUAAAGAAGAAGUGGUUCUUGAAAGAGAGAAGGAGAACUGAGGAGUGGGAAGUGAGAGAGAAAUUUACUUGGGUGGAGCUGGCUGAGAGAGAAGGGAACAUUGAAGAUGUGGCUGUGACAAAAGAAGAAAUGGAGAUGUUUAUUGAUCUCCACCCUCUCACCAAUACAACUCCUUUUACAGUGCUAGAGAGUAUGUCAGUUGCAAAAGCAUUGGUUCUCUUCAGACAAGUAGGACUUCGCCAUAUGCUUGUUGUACCCAAGUAUCAAGCAUCUGGGGUAUCUCCUGUGAUCGGGAUUUUGACAAGGCAGGAUCUACUAUCCCACAACAUUCUGACAGUGUUUCCUCACCUGGCAAAAUCAAAGAGGAAGUGAAACUCUCAUAUCAAAUAUCAAUUAAUGGACAAGCAGCUUUAUUGGGACAACUCUCUAUUUAGCAAAAAGCUUUUCCACAGUUUUGCAUUAUUUGGGCCUAUGCAUGGAGAAAAAUAAGAUACAAGAGUGAUGUUAAAAAUAUUCAAUUUUUCCUAUUUUUGUCCCACACGUAUUAUCCAUUAAUGGAACCAAGUUUAUAUCCCAUUCCCAUGGGUUAAAUAACCUUAAAAAAGUGUCAAUGGAUGCUAAAAUUUUUCCACUUUCAAAUACAAUAUCAUGUCUUACAUCACCUUACUAGAGUUCUUCCCUUUUCUUUCCGACUUCUUUGGUUCUUAGGCCCCUAGAGUGUUGAAAACUUCAAUGUUUUCUCUUUUCUCUUAGCACCGACCAUGCAAUCUAUGCAUGGAUCAUAUUGUCACAAAUGCACCCGAUAGCAUGG